AGGGAUGAUAGGGUGGGUAGGGAAAGGCACUCGUGCGAGAGUGUUGGAUCGAAAUCUGCUAGGCUCGACAAUGACGGUGCUAACAAUUAACUCGAACCAUUAAACCCUUUAAAGAGAUCAGAAGCUACAUUGACGUUUUACCUAUUUCUAAUAACGUAAAAUAAAUUCUUAAUUAACACAACCGACACGUAGCUCUCUCUUUCUCUGUUUUUCUUUAAAAUAAAUCAAUCAAUCAAUCAAUCAAUCAAUCAAUCAAUCAAUAAAUAAAUGGAAGAAAAAAAGUAGAGUUUGUUGACACUUGCUGUUCGUUACGAUCGGAAUCAUUAUUAUCAGAAAUUAAAUCAAAAACGAUCAUGCGCUUCUCUAAGUUUUACUUGAACAAAUAGUAAACUAUAGAGGAUCGUUAAGUUUCGGAGAGAGAGAGAGAGAGAUAGUGAGAGAGAAUCGUUAACGAGUUUCGGAUUGUUUCGCGUUUAUACGAGCGCAAAUUAUGCACUGUAAUUUUGGCAUCUAUCUAUCUAUCUAUCUAUCUAUCUAUCUAUCUAUCUAUCUAUCUAUCUAUCUAUCUAUCUAUCUACCUAUCUAUCUAUCUUUCUUCCGUUAUAGCAUAGCAGAGGAAGAAGGGAGCGAAAUUUCAUUGAUCGGGAAGUGCAUAAAAUGCGUUCAUACCAAUGCACAUCGUACAACGUUGGAAUGUAUAUUAUUCCGAAAGCUAUCUCUCACUCACUCAUACUCUCUUCUUAUCUGUCGAACUUCAAAUACGAUACGGUGCAUAUCAGAUAGGGCAUUGAACGUUAUUACGUCUAUAAAAAGUUUCUCCAUAAAUAUUUGAUGGAGAAGAGGCACGAUAUUCUUCGGCACGUCGAAACGAAAGCUUGCUUGGCUAGUUUCCGGGAAUAUCGUUUUUCGGAGAUAUGGACGAUGAGUAGAGGGGAUGAUGGAAAGGACGAGGAGCGAGGGGACAUUAGGUAGAGGGCAUCCACAUUUUUCCCUUGGCUCGGUUAAACGCGAUAGUAGAUCGUAAAUAUCUCUGAGAUGUCCUGCUAAAUCAAAAUAUAACCUAUCAAACCGAUCCUAAUAUAGAUAACGAAGAGAAUAUAGCAUAUAGAUAUACGUAUAUAUAUAGAGUGUAUAUAUAUAAGGUAUCCAAAAAGGUUGGGACCAAACUUAUACACGUAUUACUUAGUUACUUAGGUCAAACGGAUGAAAAAACUUAUGCUCGUACAAACUUUCGCUCGAAUAUACUUUAUUAAAAAGAUGUAUACUUUUAAUAAUAUUUCUGAUUUAUUAUGGCAAUUAUAAAACAUGUUCGAAAAUUCCUCCCUCUGCCAGAAUGCAGCCUUCCAUUAUUCGUCGAAUCAAUGCAAUGAUCGCCGAACUCUUUUAAAUAUUCCAACCGUAUCGGAAAUAACAUUAACUGCAUUUUGAAUACAUUCCCAAAGUUCAUCUUUUGUAAACAAUAUCAUUAAGAAUUAUAAUACGUAUACAUAAAAAAAAAGAGAAUUAUAAUACGAAAAAAAAAAAAAAGAAAGAAAAGAAAAAAUGUUCGACAAUUCUUGAACUUCUUAUAAGCGCGACUAUAAAUCAUAAUUAUCUUGAAAAAUAUAUCUUUUCAAUAAAACAUUUUCGAACGUAAGUUUGUGUGAACUUUUUUCAUUUGUAGCACUCGCUAAUAAAAUAAGAUUGCUGCUCGAUCUUUUUAAAGAUCCUGUAUAUACAUACUUACAUAUGUAUAUGUGCAAUGUAGAAGAUUCGAUCCAGAUAAAAAACGUUUGAAUAAAAAUUUUUAGGAUCCUUUGAUUAGAUUUCGUACGUACAUUAUCAUUCCUUCCUCUUUCCCCUUUACCCUUCUCUUCUCCUAUUCCCUCUUCUCGUAUUCCGUCUCUCGAAUUACCUCGAAGUAUAUCCCGGAGAACGGGUAAACAGUUGCUCGGUGGCUCGUUUAAUGGUCUGAAAUCUGAAUACGAAGCGAAGCAAGGACGAAACUACAGUGUAUCUCUGAGAGAAAUCGUAGGGAUCCCUUUUGGAUAGUAGAUAGCUAGGUAGGUAGGUGGUAGCUAGGUGGUGAGUAGGUUGGUAGGUUGGUUGGUAGGUUGGUUGGUAGGUAGGUAGGUAGGUAGGUUGGUAGAUAGGUUGGUAGGUAUUUAAGUAGAUACGCAUAGGUAAACGACGAAGAUCCACGAAGAUCUAUAAUAUAGUUCGAUCGUUUAAAUAAAUACGAACGUUGAUUUAACGUUGUCAUCGUUUCUCCAGUAAAUUAGUUUCGAAACUUAAAGCGUUGUUCUAUACACACAUAUACAUACAUAUGUAUGUAUGUAUGUAUGUAAUAUAUAUCAAUCCUGUUUUCAAAUUAAAACGUUUAUUAUCUUUUCUAGCUCGGAACGAACGCGUCAACUUCCUUAGAAUAAUUCUCAAAUAUUAUACGAUUAUUUAUCUGACUUUCGAUCCUCGGAUAUAAAUAUUUUUCGAUCGAAAAGUAUUUCUUCUUCUUUUUCUUUUUCUCGUUUUUAAUAACACAAAACAUCUUCUUUUAAAAGGAAUAAAGAUUUUUUACUAUUUAAACGUACUGAACAUUGUUCAAAUGCACACUUAGGUACAUAUAUAUAUGUACAUACGUAUGUAUGUAUGUAUACACACACACGCAUACGUACAUAUAUAUAGAUAUAUAUAUGCAUAGAUAUGUAUAUAGGAUGUGUACUUCGAAGCAGAAAUCAAUUGGCAAGUAGGAAUUACGCGGUGCAAUUAUUGAUUGGAUGACGUACGUGUCGGAACCGUGAUGAAGAGGAUCAAUGGAAUUUCGAUGGAGGCUGGAGGAGCGGCAAUCCUGGAACGACUCUGAUUUAAUGCUAGGGACAUUGAAAUAAUACCGGUAGUUUUAAUUGACCGGUAUUAUUUCGACUAACGAAUUACAAUCCAUGUGUGGUAAUAAAGUCUACAGUCUUUAAAAACAUUUUAUCUAUCGUUUUUUUUUUCCACGAAGUACGGAUAAAUGAAGUAAAAUUUUCUUUCUAUUUCUUUUUCUUUUCUUUUCUUUUUUUUUUUUUCUUCGAAUGGCGACGGAUAGAUUCUUUGAAAGAGUAAGAACAAUGUUAUCCCAAUUUUAAAUCGGUAAAUUUUCGAAACGAAACGGAAAUAAUUUUUUUCGCGAAAUAUACGUCUCUCUAUCUCUUUCUCUCUCUUUCUCUCUAUCUAUCUCUGUCUAUCUUUGUUUUUUUCUUCUUUUGGGAUGAACUUACGGGAUGAUCGCAUCCCAAGCGUGGAAAAUGAACGAGCGAACGUUUUCGUAGUCGCCUCGUAAUUACAAGCCGCGUGCGAUAAAUUCAUGACGUAGAGACUCUGCGUUAUGAUAUUUACAAAAGUGUAUGUAAAAUAUCUACCUGCGUAUGUAUGUAUAUUAUACAUACGGCGCUUAUUCCGCCAGUCUGGUAAACGUAUUUUCUUCAUUUGCGAUAUCAUCUAUGUAUAUACGUACAUACAUAUAUACAUACAUACAUAUAUACACACACACAUGUAUCUAUCUAUCUACGUAUAUAGAUAUUAUACCUAUCACGGUAAUAAGGUCGUCCGGUAAACAUUUUGAAAUAAAGCAGGAAGCUUGAAAAUUUGUAAUACGAAUAUUGCGAUUACUUUCACGAUAAUAGAGAGAGAGAGAGAGAGAGAGAGAAAGAGAAAAUGAUGACAAAUAUCGAUUCUCGAACUGUCAAAAGUCAUUGCUUUAUUUUGAUAAAGUGAAAAUAUAUCGGUAAGAGAGAAAAUAGGGAUGAAAGAAAUCCGAAAGUCGAAGCGUCCCUUCGAAACUUACGAGGUCAUUUUAACAUACCUCGUUUCGAAUUAUUCCAACAAAGAGACCAAUCAAAAAUAGAAUUAUACAAAAAUGGAGAACACGAGCGAGGACGAAGCUGUAAUAAUUCGUAACCUAAAAGACUCGGCCGCUUUGUUACCUCGGAUCGCAGCGCUACGUCAAGUUUUGCGACAAUUACGAAUGGCACUUCGUCAGGAAAGGGAAAAUCUCAGUAAAGAAAUAAAUACGAUUAAGUGGUUGGAAGUUGGUAAAAUGAAAAAAAAAUUUAUCCUCGAGGACGAGAGUAAACCUUUUCCCAAAGUUGACUCCCGUUGGAAUAAUCGUGGUAACGGUGGUCAGUCUUCGAAAUAUCCUCUCGAAGUUUUACACUUUAGGAACGGUAAUGGCGAUAGCUGCACAACAGGAAAUUGUGGGAGUUUACUCGAUAGCAAGAUAUAUCAAAGACGAGUUGACCGAUUAAAAGAGGAACUGGACUCGUUCGAGCGAUCCUGUCGUUCAAUGUCGAUCCUGUCGAUGUCUAAAUUUUACAAGGAGAAGAUUCACGAUCUUGAGAGAGACUGUUGCGCGGGAUUGAACAGAGUAAAAGAUGGUUUCGUCGAGUCCCUUCAGGCUUUUGAAAAUACUCUCGACUUUAUACGCUCUGAGCGAUCCUCUAAGAGAACGUCGAACGCGGAUGGAUAUCGCAACGCCGAGAGUUUCGUGAUAGGACGUCGUAAGGAAAAGAAUUUGGAUGGUGGUGCGCGUCAACGUGCCAAGUGGCAGACCUUGUCGAGCAACGUCGAAAAGCAGUCAUCUCUCUGUCGAACCAAAUCGCUCAUUAUCGAGAACAGGCAUCACGGUCUAUGGUUGGCGCAGAUUUGUUCGCAACGUUUCAGCGACAGUGCCAUAUGCAACGACGCUAUGUAUCGAGCUUCGAGAUUUCACUUGGAAAGACCGCAUCAUAUCGUUGGUAUACUGGAACCUUCCAACGAUCUACGAUUUUCUACCAACUUUACCGCCGUUUUUCCGAUCAUUGGAAAGAGAACACCGAUUUUAACGCUCUAACCAAGCUACUUUGAACAUUUUUCUUUUCUCUUUUAUAUUUCCUCUCUUUUUUUCUUUUUCCUUUAUCUCUCGAAAUAUAUACAUACAUACAUACACAUAUAUAUAUAUAUAUAUAUGUUUUUCUUUUUCUUUCUUUCGUUAUUUCUUUCGAAUUUUCUUACAUCUCCUUUUGCACAUUGAUUUUGUAAUUUCGAUUGAAAAUAUAAUAUCCUUCGUAUACCAUCACUUUUUCAUUCUCUUCUUUCAAUUUUAUUUAUUAUCUUAGAUUUCAUUGAUCAUCGUUCCGACGAUAUCAUUACGAUCGAUUAACUCGUCCCUUUAACGAAAAUGAAUCAUAUCUCCUAUCCAUUCGCGAGUUCAAAUACUAUUGCUUAAGAUACGGUUUAUCUUUUAGAAUAGAAAAGAAGAAUGACGCUAUAAAAGCUCCCAUUGACUUUCAAAGCUAAAGCUUCAACCCUCCUUCUUUUACCAGUCACACCACCCUCUCUGUCUCUAUCUCUCUCUCUCUUUCCCUUUACCCACCUUUCUCCCUCCGAAUCUACCAACCAACCAACCAACCAACCACCCACUCACCCAUCCAUCUUUCGCUCUUCGCAUUUCUUUCGUUCGUCUCGAACAGCCGAGCCGAUAGAAGAAGACGAGGAGGAGAGGGACCUAGCGCGGAGUUCAUAAAAGGGCUCGAGGAUAUACGUCUGCUCUUUCAGGACCUUUAUUUCCCCAUAGCGUGACGGGAGAAAAGGAAAAUAAGGCGACUGUCGUCGAGGCGACGAAGGAAUUCAACGAAUAUGAAUUCUCUGGCUGCACGUUCCGAUUCAAUAACCGACCUUCCAACGGCCGUUGACUCUUUCAACGAAAUGAAAAAAAAAGAAAAAGAAAAAGAGAAAAAAGAAAAAAGAAAAAAGAUAA